AUGGCUACCGCAUAUGAUUUUAUCAUUAUUGGCGGCGGUACAGCUGGCCUGGUGGUUGCUUCUCGAUUCAGCGAGGACCCCAGCCUAUCUGUCCUGGUUCUUGAAGCGGGCGCCGACAUGACAGCAGAUCCUCGCGUGAACAUCCCCAUCUUUUAUGCCGCACUCCUUGGCUCUGAUGCCGAUUGGAAAUUCCAAUCUUCCCCUCAGCCGGGCCUCAAUGGCAGAGUGCUUGGUCUCAACCAGGGCAAAACACUCGGAGGAUCCAGUUCGUUGAAUGCACACGUGUUUGUUCCUCCUUUCAAGGGAGCCGUUGACGCAUGGGAGGAACUCGGUAAUCCUGAAUGGAAUUGGACUAUGUUAAAGGACUAUUACUCCAAGGCCUAUAACAGUCCGACCGUAGCACAGGAUGCGAAAGAAAAUCUGGCGAUUGAGGAUUGGCCUGGAUUGAACGAAGCGAAAGGUCCAAUCCAAACGUCUUUUGGUAACGAGACACACCCUAUUCGCAGGGCAUGGGCCGAACUGUUCCGCAGCAGUGGGCAAUGCAAUGCCGGUGAUCCAUUCACCCACAGCUCUGUGGGCUCAUUCAGUUGCCUUGCUUCUAUUGACUCGCAGGGUAAGAGAAGCAACUCUGCCUCGGCCUAUUAUAAGCCUGCUGAGCUUCGACAAAAUCUCCAUGUUCUUACGAACUCAUUUGUUGAGAGAGUGCUAUUUGAUGAAGGCAAGGCCCCCAGAGCUAUCGGAGUCGAGUACCGUCUCGAUGGUGUCUCAAAGAUUGUUCAGGCAAAGAGAGAAGUUAUACUUGCUGCUGGUGUUUUUCAGUCACCUAAGAUCCUCCAACUUUCAGGAGUUGGUAGAGCAGACCUUCUUGAACAGCAUGGCAUUGAUGUAGUCAUGGACCUUCCGGGGGUUGGGCAGAAUCUCCAGGAUCAUAUGAUAUCGUACACCGCAUUCCAAGCAAAGCCUGAACUUGAGACCAAGGACUCUCUGGUCAGACAAGAGCCUGAAGCCAUUAGUCAAGCAAUGCAGGAAUACGCCGCCACGCAAUCUGGGCCCCUAGCAUCACUCGGAGUUUAUACCUACGCCUAUUUGCCUCUUCCCGAACCGGACAGAACUGCUCUUCAGGCAUUAUUCACGAACGAGACCCCUGAGAACUCCCAGCACAGGGCAACACAAGCCUAUUUUGACAUCGCCAAGACCACCGUUCUUGAUCCCAAGCAACCAUCAGCUGCGUACCUGUCCGCCUUAGGGCAGACGAAUUAUUCCAAAGACCUCACGGACGGGACUAUUCCAGCUGCUUCGCCUGGAAAGUUCGUCACGCUUGGAGUCAUGCUCUCUCAACCGCUUUCCCGCGGAAGCGUUCGUAUAACCUGCAACAACCCUGAGACGCCUCCAAUCAUUGAUCCUGGGUACCUGUCGAAUCCGCUCGAUCUGGAAGUCAUGGCACGACACUUGCUCCGUAUCAAGAAAUUGGCCGAGUCACCUCAGCUUGGGGAGCUGCUCGAACAACCACUGAAAUUCCGAGACCCAGAUGCAGACUUCCAGGGAGACUUGGAUGCUGCAAAGAAGUAUGCUCGGGACAAUCUAGUCUCCAUGUGGCACUUUGCGGGGACCUGUUCCAUGCUUCCUCGCGAAAAGGACGGAGUGGUGGACCCCAAUUUGAAGGUCUAUGGUGUUGAAGGCCUGCGGGUUGUGGAUGCGAGUGCUAUCCCGCUCGUAAGCACAGCGAACCUGCAAGCUACUGUGUACGCAUUCGCGGAAAGAGCCGCAGACCUCAUCAAGCAGGACCGGGAGAUCAGGUAA